AUGGACGCCGUGGCCCUGCGGGCCGCGCAGCCUGCGCCCCCGAUCCGUAACCGGCAACGCCGGUUCGUCUACGAGCAUCUGCUGCGGUCGCGUGAUGACGAGGGCUUCCCACGAGCCCUUGAGAUUUUGGAGCAGACGCGCCGUGCCAGGUUCCAAGUCAACCUGCAGACCUACACGGCUGCAAUUCAGAGCGCCCAAGCUUGCUCUGUUUGGGAGAUUUCGCUGGAGGCGGUUCAGCGUGCCGAGAACUGUGGUUUUGGCUCUGUGGAGAUGGAGAAGGAGAAGGUCUUUGCGCUGUGCCGACAGAAUCCCGAGAGCUGGGCCCAGUGCAUCGGCUCGCUCGUGGCUCUGCAGGCGUUGUCCAGCGAGAACAAAGAAGUCGCAGCGCCGAAGUUCACGAAGUUCCCGCGCGCAAAGCAGUUUGGGUGGCCCGUCGUGCCCCGGGCCGAGAGCCAGCUGCGCAGCCGAGCGGCGCGAGGAGAUGAGGUGGCGGCCCGCAUGGCGGCUACGAGGUGCGUGAAAGCCUGCUACCUCUCCCAGCAGUGGCACCAGGCCUUGCGCCUCGCACCCGAGGUCGGACACGGCGACCUUCGGAGGCAUAGCCUGGGGGAAUUCGUGCUCGUCGUCGCAAUGCUGGGCUCUACCUUUGAGGCCUUCGGCGGCAGCAUGCUGGAACAGUCGGUCAGCACCUGCUACAAGGAGAAGAUGAGGGCCUGGGCGCAAUCCUUGGCCUUCCUCCGCGCCUUCCGGCGGAGGGCCGGGCGGCCUCAUCGUCUGAGCUACAAUUCUCUCGUCACGACCUGCGCGCGGAACUCGCCGUGGGAAGUGGCUUAUGCCCUCUCGCACUACCGCGCGAACGACGGUCACCCCGUGGACGAGAUGGUGCUAAGGCGCCUCCUCGGCUCCGCGGCCGCCUCCAGCGUUUGGCAGCUGGGCGCCUGGAUUCUGGACACCACCGUCGAGGCAGUUGGGAAGGACAUGCGGCGCCGGAUUCUCACUGGACCGUUGAUGGCAAGUUACGUGGCGCACGUCUAUGCCGCCAGCCACCAGUGGUACCGCAUUGUCGGUCUCAUGGGCGAGCUGCGCUCGGCGGUGUCCGUGUCUCAGGAUGCCCUCGCCGGCGCGGCCUUGUCUGCCUCGGCUCGCAUGGGGUCAGCGGAGAAGGCUCGCGACUUCCUGGCGCUAGUGCGAAGGCGGCAGCUGCGGCUGUCCUCCGAAUCACUCAGUUACGCCAUCCACGCUUGCGCGAGCCCGGCCCAGUGGCGAAGGUCCUUGAGAUUCUGGAGCGACCUCCGAAGUGUAGGACUCAAAGAAGAUGCGGACGUCGUGAGCAACGUGCUGUUUGCGUACGUGCGCUCCUCCCAGCGUCUCUGGGCCGCCGCUGUGCAGGCGUUCUCAGGCAUGCGCUGCGCCAACAUUCGGCCUACUGUGGUUUGGCUCACCCAUUUGGCCGGCACCUUCGCGCGCAGCGUGCGCUGGGCCGAGGCCUUGACGAGCAGCUUCGGGUGCCUGACACACGGGAUAGCGUUGGACCCCCACGUCUUUAGCCAGCUGUCGCGCAGCGUGGCCCGUGCGGCGCGGUGGCAGCGAGGGCUGGACCUUUACCGGGUCACGGAGGAGGCCGGGAUCUUCGAUGACGUGCGUGCCGUGAACAUUGCCUUGGCAGCGCUGGCGGCCGGGGGCCGUGGGCUCCUAGCGUCGACGUUGUUUCGGCAGGCGCAGCGCAAAGGAGCGGAGUUGGACGUCUUCACGGGGGCUACGCUAACAAAGGCAUGGGACAGAAGCAGCCAGUGGGAUCACGCCUUGGCGCAGCUCAUGGCUCUGGACCAGGAUGGCUUCGAUCGAAGUCCCGUGGCCUUUAGCAGCGGCGCGAGCUCCUGCCGUCGAGCCGUCGUCUGGGAUCGGUCGAUCGUCCUCCUGCAGGACCACUCCACCUACGCCCUUGAGCCUCACAUCUCUACACACUGCGUCUCGAUCCUGGCCGCCGGCCGUGGACGGGCGUGGACGAGUGCCCUGUCGCUCAUCAAGGAGAUGGCGGAGGCACGGCUGGAGCCGGAUGACCUGCUGUACCAGGACCUGCCACCGAUCUACUCGCCCCUCAUGCCGACUCCCGGCAUCGUUUCGGGACCCUUGGCCCUCGCGCCCACCGGCCAGCCGCACUCCUCCACCAUCAAACCCGGCACACCUUACUCCAAGGAGCUGCGCCUGCUGGCACAUGUUUUCGACACGGCGGAAGCCGGAAACCCGGGCUCGGUGUGCGAUGCCAUCGAGCGCUUCGGCGAGGACAUUCUGGGCCCGGCCGGGCAGUGGCUGAAGGUCGCCGGGCGGCAAAAGACCACGGUGCUUAGCAAGGCAAUGAAGGCUUGCCCCACAGGAGGCAGCAUCCUGGAGAUUGGCACUUACUGCGGCUACUCGGCGCUGCGCAUGGCCAUGAUUCUGCCUGGUGCUCGAGUCGUGUCUCUGGAGGUGGACCCCGCGCACAUGGUCAUAGCCCGCAACAUGGUGGCCUACGCGGGUCUGGCGCACAUGAUCGACAUCUGGACUGGGCACAGUAAGGAUGUGUUGCCGCGGCUGCCGAGGAAGUACGGCGGCCGGCAGAACUUCAAGCUCUGUGGCGUCUUCAUGGAUCAGAAAGGCUCGCGCUACCACGAAGACUUGUCCGUCAUCGAACAGAUGGGCUUGCUCUUGCCUGGGGCCGUGGUCGUGGCGGAUAACGUCCUCAAGCCCGGGUCUCCUCUUUUCCUUUGGCGGCUCUGCAAAGGAGAAUCCUACGACAACCACGUGGUGCGCGUGAGGGAGUUUGCGAUGCCGUCAGACGACUGGAUGUCCGUCAGUGUCCUCAGACAAGAGGCCGCCGAGGAAUUUGCCGAGUCCUCCGUGGAUGUGCCAGUGGUGGAGAAGGCCAAAGGUGUCAGCCCCGCUGGAAAGUGGCCUACGGCCCCUGAGGAGCUCGUCCAGCUGCAGUGGGAGUCGGAUCGCAUCCGCGCUCAGGCGACCCGACCGGGAAGCGGCAGCGUCAGCUUCGACGAGUGGGCGAAGUACGCGACGCACAUGAAGGAGAAGAUGGCCCAGCACGGGAUAGUGGAGACCGCAGAUGCUGCCGAACUGGAAGAGGGCGCCGAACUUUGGCCUGCGUCCUAA